AUGUAUGCUUUUGUUUCAACGGUGUUGUUCCUACAAAUAUGGAACGAUCUGGACAACAAUUGGGAUGAUGUAUCUGCGAAAGCGUUAUCCUUCCUGAAAAUUGUCGUGGUUUGCUCAUCAGGCUUCAAAGUGCUGGCCCUGAUCGUACUCAAAGAUCCGUUAUCAACUAUUAGGAACUUCCUGCUUGAUAAUCGUGUGAAUUCCGGCGACAAAGCUUUCGAUCAAUUUGAACAAAUAAAUUUCAACCGCAGUGCUAGGAAGAUGGUGCGCCUCAUGUUCGGAUUAGUGUCCGUAGAAACAAUCAUACUCUCGAUCCCCAACGAAACCAUGGCACGUGUCUAUGCAAUACCGCCUCCGAUGGACAAGGCAGGGAAAUUAAUAACGAAUUUGCUGUACCAGAUUUUCGUAAGUUCUAUAGCUUUUAGUUUGUUGCCCGGAUUAUUCUCUCAUUUAUCAUGUGCUGGAGUUUUGAUCAUGGGAAUGCGGAUGAAGUUAAAAAUGCUGGAGCAUCGGUGUAAUCAGUUGGCAAAGAUGUCUAUCGUUGAUGAAGUUAAUUACUUCGAAAUUAUGAGCCGUGAAGUUCGAGAGUUCAUUAGGCAACAAAUGGAAUACACUAGACACUUUAAUAUGUUGGCCAGCAUAGCAGGAAAAAUGUUUUUAGUUGUACAUUACAACGCAAUAUUGGGCAUUGCAUUAUACAUAUUCCUGGCAAAUUCACUUGGUUUAAAUGUUUUCGCUUGCGCUUUUAUAUUCAUGUCCCUAGCAUGGCUGCUAGAAUACUACAUCUGGUGCCAGUUGGUUGAUUCGCUUCAAGAACCGGCCUAUUCAAUUGCGGAACUGAUGUACGUAAUAUGUGUCCGUAUGCCACAUAGCCACGAACACCAUUCAGAGUAUAUUCAACUAAGAACAACUUUCAUGAUUAUUCGGAUGAGGAACAGUAAAGGAUAUAUUGUGAACUGCUUUGGGAUGGUGAGGAUUUGUUUGCUUUCAUUUGUCAGUGUUGUAAACAUGGUGUUUACAGUGCUGACUUUCUUGAUAAACAUAUCCUAA